GUUGUUUCUUAUCCACUUUCGGUUCCGGGACACAGAACUAGAGACUGCACGAAAUCGCCUGCCUCGAGCCGUGAGUGGCUCAAGACAACACUGUUACGUGAGUGGCUCAGCUUGCAAAGUACAUGUCUUCCAUUCGAGGUGCGAUCAUUGGUGCACUGGGCGCCGUGCCACUGGUUCUGGCGGUGUCGGACCUGCAUCUUCACAAGUACCAGGCGGCACGACAUAGAGGCCCAGAGGAGGAGCAGAGCGGCAAGCCGACCGUGGUGAACGGCGAGCAUUUGGAUCCCUACGAGGUCCCUGAGGAGCUCAUUGGUCUGGUGGGGCUCAAUGGUCCCAGAGGUGAUCGUGGCCAGAAGGGUGUGCAGGGUGCAGACGGCCCCAUGGGCAAGAACCUCACCGACACGCACGUGCAACAGGAGGGUCCCUUGUUGUCCACCUCGUCCGUGACGCGGGGAAUGGUGCUGGAUCUGUUUCUCUUCAACGCCAUUUGCUUGGGGAUCAUGCACUGGCAGCUGAAGAAGAAGAUCCAGCACGCAGAUGCGCCGGAGGGCGCCAAAGGAGCGGCAGCGGCAGGUGCACAGGCAGUUGAGGACACAUCAUACAUCACCAUCAGCUUUGGCAUUGCCAAUGUGAUGUGGCCUCCGUUGGAGGAAGGUGGCCACGUCGCCGCUUUCGAGGAACUCGUCAAGAAUUCUUUGGCGCAAGCAGCCGUGGCUGGUGGUGCUCAAGGGGUGAUGGCCGACAACGUGGCGGUGGCACUUGGAGGUGAUGACGACAGCACCCUGGUCUCUGCCACCAUGGGGCCACCAGAGGGAUUGACCUCGGUGGUGUUGAAGCAGGCUUUGGACAAGCGCCAGUUGCAGGUGAUUCUGCCCGCUGCUGUAGAUGCUGCAGCUGGGGUGGAGACGUUCAAGAAAGGGCCAGUGACUGUGGCAGACUUCGAGGCACAGAUCGAGCAACCUGCACCCGAGGCCCCCGAAGCGGCCGAAGGGGAAGCAGCCGGUCCGGUCACAGACCUCUGACGAGUGAGGUUGGCUGGACCGCAGACGCACGCACGUGGAAAAAGGACCGCUAUGGCGAUGCUUGGAGGUUUCGCUCUGUCGGGAGGAUGCUGGGGGACAGGUGCCAUUGGAAAAAAACACCUCCACCUGCGGUCUGCAGAUCUGGAGCGCCCUCGCCCUCGCCUGCCCGGACCCUUCGCAGCCCCGAGGUUCAGACUAUGCGCUCGGACC